AUGGAGGAGGAUGCGGCCAAUGCCACCCCUUGCCCCAGCAGCUUUGACCUCGGGCCGGCCAAUGCUUCCGCUGGCUGGCCAGAGAUGUCCGGAGGCGGCCCCGAAACGGUGAUCGUGCCAGUGCUGUUUGGACUGAUCUUCUUCCUUGGCCUGGUGGGGAACAGCCUGGUGCUGGUGGUGCUGGGCCGCCUCCGGCCGGGGAGGCGGCCCUCGCGGAGCGCCACCAACAUCUUCAUCCUCAACCUGAGCAUCGCGGACUUCUCCUUCCUCCUCUUCUGCGUCCCCUUCCAGGCCACCAUCUACUCCCUUCCGGAGUGGAUCUUCGGAGCCUUCUUCUGCAAGUGGGUGCACUACCUGGCCACGGCCACCAUGCUGGUCAGCAUCUUCACCCUGGUGGCCAUGUCUGUGGACAGGUACAUCGCCGUGGUGCAUGCCAAGCGCUCGCUCUGCAUCCGCAGCAAGCGCAAUGCCUGCCUGGGCGUGGGGGCCAUCUGGCUGCUGUCCCUGCUCAUUGCUGUCCCAGUGGCCCAGCACCAGGCCCUGGUGAGGGGGCACCAGCAGGCGCCCAACAGCUCCUUCUGCUGGGAACUCUGGUCCGACAACCCCGCCGCCAAGCAGACCUACAAGGUGGCCAUCCUGGUGGUGGGGUACCUGCUGCCUCUCGUGCUCAUCAGUUGCUGCUAUGCCAAGGUGUUGUAUCAUCUUCAUAAAAAGGUGAAGAACGUUUCCAGGAAAUCAGAGCAAUCAAAAAGAAAGACCGCACAGACCGUGUUGCUCGUGGUGGCCGUGUUCCUGAUCUCCUGGCUACCGCACCACAUCAUCGUCAUGUGGGUCGAGUUCGGGCAGUUCCCCCUGAACAACGCGUCCUUCACCUUCCGCAUCAUCUCCCACUGCUUGGCCUACGGGAACUCUUGCAUCAACCCCAUCAUCUACGCUUUUCUGUCGGAGAAUUUCCGCAAAGCCUGUCGGCAAGUCUUCACAUACAAGUUUCUCCUCCAGAAGGACCCUGUGGAGAAGCUGGCGAGGAUCCGCAUGGAGAACUUUUCCACUACUCACACAACCACCAAGGUGUGA